CAAACAUGGAAUUUAUUCAGUCACUGGCAGGCGUUCAUAAGCGUAGUAGGAACCAGAGAACAGAUUUUGGAGGCAAAGGUGCUGAGAGGGGUGCAGUGAUGGGGAGGUUUGGAGGUGAGGAGGAAGGCAAGGUUUAUGGAAGGGAAGAGAGUAAAGAUGAGCAUGUUUGACCCAUAUGUCUUGUUGGUGGAUUUGAAAACAAAAUUGUCAGCCUACUUAAUAGUAAGGCAGAAGGUUUGGAGGAAUAUAAGCAAAAGUCACGAUAUAUAUUUGAACCUGCCCCAUGGUCGGACUAUACUGAAAAAAACUCUUAUUCUGCUAUUAUCUAUAUCAACAGCUGAGACUUUAUAAAGAUCACAUCUAUCAUGCUUUCAGAAUUAUCCAAAGAUGUCAUCAAAAUAGUUGAAGCCGAUGAUCUCACAUAUAAUACAGCACAUUGUCUGGCCGAACUAGAAUCAGAUGGAGCUUGUAUCCUGAAGAGAUGCAAACACAUCUUUCACAAGGAGUGCAUGAAGAGCUGGAUCAAACUCAAAAAUACCUGUCCUGUUUGAAGAGAUGAAAUCUACCAGAAAAGAGCUUUUGAGCAGUCAAACUCUUUCCAGGAUGAAUCGGGCUUGAUGACUCUAUCUUCAGCCCAUAUCAACCUCGAUUCAGAUACUUCAGAGAAUGUUAUGGAUGACUUCGAAGCAGAUUCAAAUGGAUUUAUGUUUCCUGUCAAUGAUGAUGAUGAUGAAAUUGAAGAAGUGAAGAAUCUUAGUGAUAUUGAUGAAAUGUCUGAAGAAAGUAGUGAAGAAGAGGCUGACAUUAAAAUUGAAAGAUUCUCAGCAACAAGUUCUUCAAACUCUUCUUCUCUACCCUCUUUGGAGGAGUUCAUCAUUCAAGGCAUAUCCUCCCCAAAAUCCUAGAUAUAAGAGUUUUUCUAGGUAUAAAAUGAGUUUUGACAU